CACCCUUUUUACCUGGGAACACUUCUAGAGGUAUAAAAACAAGCACCUGGUCCUUCGGUGGAGUACACGUUUGCUGGUGGACUCUCAGGAAACUUCCAAGAACUCUUGACCUCUACUCUCAGCUCAGCAGGUUGCUCUUCCACAGCAAGAUGAACGGCACUGAAGGAAACAACUUUUACAUUCCCAUGUCCAAUAGGACAGGGUUAGUGAGGAGUCCUUAUGACUAUACUCAGUAUUACCUGGCAGAGCCAUGGAAAUUUAAGAUGCUUGCUUUUUAUAUGUUUUUGCUGAUUUGCUUUGGGCUACCGAUCAAUGGUCUCACGCUAGUGGUCACAGCUCAGCACAAAAAGUUGAGGCAACCUCUAAAUUUCAUCCUGGUAAACCUGGCUCUUGCUGGAACAAUUAUGGUCAUCUUUGGAUUCACUGUUUCGUUCUAUUGCUCCCUUGUUGGUUACAUGGCACUGGGGCCAACCGGUUGUGCCAUUGAAGGCUUCUUUGCUACACUUGGAGGUCAGGUUUCCCUUUGGUCUCUGGUGGUGCUCGCUGUUGAGAGGUAUAUUGUGGUCUGCAAGCCAAUGGGGAGCUUCAAAUUCUCUUCAAACCAUGCAAUAGCAGGAAUUGCCUUUACAUGGUUCAUGGCCUGUAGCUGUGCAGUGCCCCCACUUUUGGGCUGGUCCAGAUAUAUCCCAGAGGGAAUGCAAACCUCCUGUGGACCAGAUUACUAUACACUGAACCCCAUAUUCAGCAAUGAAUCAUAUGUCAUCUAUAUGUUCAGCUGUCACUUUUGCAUUCCAGUUACAACCAUCUUUUUCACUUAUGGAAGCCUGGUUUGCACAGUCAAGGCAGCAGCAGCACAACAGCAGGAUUCAGCCUCCACCCAGAAGGCAGAGAAGGAAGUGACACGUAUGGUUAUUCUAAUGGUUUUGGGCUUCCUGCUGGCCUGGGUUCCUUAUGCUAGCUUUGCUGCUUGGAUCUUUUUUAACAGAGGAUCUGCCUUCUCUGCACAAGCUAUGGCUCUUCCAGCUUUCUUUUCCAAGACCUCAGCCUUGUUUAAUCCUUUCAUCUAUGUGCUGCUCAACAAACAGUUCCGUAGCUGUAUGCUGAACACCCUUUUUUGCGGCAAGAGCCCUCUUGGUGAUGAAGAAUCGUCAUCUGUGUCUACUAGCAAAACAGAGGUGUCCUCAGUUUCUCCUGCAUAGAAAUAUUUGCCAGUUGUGUUUCAUCAAUCAUUCUUUCAAUGCUUUUGAAGCCAUUGUCUUGAACAAACAUAUUUUUUUCCACUGAUCAGUCUUUGUGAUGGUAAGAAUUUUUCCAUAAUUGUCUCUAAGCAGUGACAUUUACCUCUUUCCUCUCUGCCUUGGAAAUUUUCAGUUUAAAGAACACUUUAUUGUUUAUUUAAAAGUCUUCAACUUUUAAGCAUGUCCUUGGUUUGUUAAUGCGUACUUGUUAAAGGUCACAUUUGAGGAUUUCUCUUAUAUAAAGGCCAUGUGUAGAUUAGUUUGCACAAUGGUUAACACAUGGUAUACCCAGUGUUCUCAACAUAUGGAACACAGGGUAUAGUUCACCACUAAAUCUAAACAUAAGCCUAAUUUUAACACAUUAUCAGGCCCAGGUCAUGCCCAGAAUCACUUUAACCCAUCUGAAAAUCCAUUGAGAAACAUGAUAGAACUACUUUUUCAAGGCAACUUUAUGAUGCAUGAUUCUUUAUUUUUGUUGUGUU